CACGCACAAACGUUAUCGCCUCAGCGGGGUCCGAAUACCACCAGGAUUUUAUCUGAAGCUAUCUUCAAGCCCAGACAACGAGAGACAAACGACAUUCACUUCAUGUUUACCCACAGCACCGGGACUCAGUCUUUCUCAGGAUGGAUCAAUCACUAGAUGAGCUUUGAACUCCAACUGGGGACACAACUACGAGGAAGUACUGGAGCGGAGGAGAAGGGAUCGAUGGCACAACGCCGUCUCUUCAAGUCGUCUCACGCGUAGGGAAAGUUAGGACGUCCUGAGAGAUGAUGAAUCACUACACCAUCCUGAAGCAGCUGGGCGACGGCACCUACGGCAGUGUGCUGAUGGGGAGAAACAUCAAGUCUGGAGAGCUCGUAGCUAUUAAAAGGAUGAAGAGGAAGUUUUACUCAUGGGAAGAAUGUAUGAACUUAAGAGAAGUAAAGUCACUGAAGAUGCUGAACCACGUGAAUGUGGUGAAAUUGAAAGAGGUCAUCCGGGAGAACAAUCACCUCUACUUCGUCUUUGAGUACAUGAAGGAGAACCUUUACCAGCUGAUGAAGGACCGAGAGAACAGGAUGUUUUCAGAGAAUGAAAUUAGGAACAUCAUGUUUCAAGUGCUUUCUGGGUUGGUGUUUGUACAUAAGCAUGGAUUUUUUCACCGGGACAUGAAGCCAGAGAAUCUGUUGUGUAUGGGGCCUGAACUGGUCAAAAUAGCUGAUUUUGGACUGGCCAGAGAGAUCCGCUCCAAAGGUCCCUACACCGACUAUGUAUCGACCAGAUGGUACCGAGCUCCAGAAGUCUUGCUGCGGUCAUCUAAAUACAGCUCUCCAAUUGAUUUAUGGGCUGUCGGCUGCAUCAUGGCUGAACUGUACACACUCAGACCUCUCUUUCCCGGGAACAGUGAAGUGGACGAGAUCUUUAAGAUCUGUCAAGUUCUGGGCACGGUCAAAAAGACGGAUUGGCCAGAGGGUUAUCAGCUGGCAUCUGCUAUGAACUUUCGCUUCCCGCAGUGCGUCCCCACCCACCUGAAGACCCUCAUUCCAAAUGCCAGCAACGAGGCCAUCGCCCUGAUGAGGGAUAUGCUGCAGUGGGACCCCAAAAAGAGACCCACCGCUGUGCAGGCACUGCGUUCUCCUUAUUUUCAGGUUGGCCAGAUUUUGGGGCCUCGUCCUCAAAGCCAGGAGGUGAAGAAGGUCCAGACCAGGCCUCACCCCCAGAAACAAGCCUCUGAGUCCAAGGUCGAUCUCCAGCAGUCUUCCUCUGAAUCCAAAACCUCCACAUCCUCCAACAGAAACCAUCAACAGCCUCUUCAGCAGAUCCCUUUACCCCAGGUUGAGAGUAAACACGGGGGAGAUGUAAAGGCAGCACCAGCGGGCAGCGACAGUAAUGUUGGUGAGGGAGUUCUGAAGGGUGGGCGGCGUCGCUGGGGCCAGACAGUAGUCAAGGCGUCAGACAGCUGGGAGGAAUCGGACCCCUCAGAAACAGCCGCUUCAAACUCCAAGAAGCCCAGCCUGGGAAGUGCAGAGGAGGAGAGGAGCGCAAAGGAACACUGUCCACAGCCAAAUGAGCAGAAACCUCUGUACUCCUUCAGCACAGUCACCAAGCUACCCAACAAUGUUAAGAUUGGCCAAAUUGACUCCAAUCUUCCAGGAUCUGCUGCUCGGCAGCACUAUCUCAGUCAGUCAAGAUACUUGCCAGGUUUGAUUGGCAAGAAUCAGACUUCCACUGGAGACAAAGAGCUGAGUGGUAUGACGCUGAGGGACUUGUGGGAGAACUCUUCAAACACAGUGGAUAAACCUCUCGGCCCUAUCGGAGGGGGAUUAGCUGUCGGCAGGGCCAACGCAGAAGAUAAUUCUUCUAAGUCUGUAGACAGCCCAUCGGAGAAAAGUGUUGUUAAAGAAAGAAUACUGGAGAAACUCGACCUCUCCAAAGGAAACUUUGUGAGUACAAAGUACAACCUCUCUGGUGGUUACAUCCCUUCUGUCCAGAAGAAAGAGGUUGGCUCAGUGGGACAGAGGAUCCAGCUCGCCCCUUUAGCUGGACAGAACACAACCAGACUUCCUUCUUCUUCUUCUCCUGAUAUUAAAAAAGACAAGCCAAAAUCUUCAAAGCUCAAGCCCAUUUCCAAGUCAUCAAUAGGUGAAACUAGUGAAGAUUACGAGGGCUGGAGGAGGAGGACGGACAGGACUCAGAUGAAGGGCGGCAGCUAUUCAGCUCUGGGGAAGACCUCCGGGAACCUCCUGAGCAGAGCGCCUGCUGUCCAGCCCGUCCACGGCCGGGUGGACUGGACAGCCAAGUAUGGUGGAAAUCGGUAGUUCAUUCCAAGUCGGCGGUCCUUCAUCUACUGUCUGUCGUCCGUCUGAGCGGUGAAGAAAACCCAUCUAAUGAGCCACAGGAAAUUUAAAUUGUUCCACGAAGUCUGUUUCUCCAAUAUGUUCAUUGAAUGACUUUACAUGAAGACCACACAUGCCACGUUCUUAGAGAAGACAUUUUUGAUGUUCAUACUUGUGUUUUAAAAGACGAUGGUUGCCAUGACGCUGAACCAAGCCUGGUACUCUCUGUGUGACAAUCCCACUGUAUUCCUGAGGGAUCCAGUGUGAGCCAAUUCCACUGUUUGUGCUUUCUGCAUUUCUCACCAAGCUGAAAAAAUAGUAUGUGGUUUUGUUUUACUAAUUAAUUUUUUAAAUAUACUUUAGUUUUUAUUGAUUGCUAUUGCUUCUUUGAAGAGAGCAUUGCUGAAACAAUUGACAUUGUUUAAUUCCUCUCACCUCCACAUCCUCAGUAUAUGAUUGGUUAAAACUGUAAACAUAUUUGUAUUAUGCAAUAAAUGACCUGUACA